AGAUCUUGAAAAACCUUAUCUUUCUACACAGUUUCUUCAACUCGGUGCCUUUGUAACAAUGGCUUCUUCAGUUUCUUCUCUUCAAUUUCUCUUCGUAACCCCACAAACCCUUUCUUCUCUAAAACCCAAUUCUACAGCAAAUUCAUUUUCCUUCUUCUCUCUUCCUUCAUCUUAUCUUUCUUUAUCUUCAUCAACCCCUUAUUCUUCUAUCAAGCCUUUUGAGUCUUCUUCGUUUUCAUCUCGCUUUGUUCGUAACGUGGCCCUGUCUGAAUUUGAUCAAUUGGAAGACGAUGUGGGAGAAGUAGAAGAAGAACGCAAUUUCUCUCCAGACCUUAAACUCUUUGUUGGUAAUUUGCCGUUUAGUGUUGACAGUGCUGCACUUGCUGAGAUUUUUGAACGAGCUGGAAAUGUUGAGAUGGUUGAGGUUAUAUAUGACAAGCUCACAGGAAGAAGCAGAGGGUUUGGUUUUGUGACAAUGUCGAGUAAAGCAGAGGUGGAAGCUGCUGAACAACAAUUCAAUGGAUAUGAAAUCGACGGGAGGGCACUGAGAGUGAACUCUGGGCCAGCACCAGACAAAAGGGAGAAUUCUUUUGGAGGUGCACGGGGUGGGAGAAGUGAGAAUUCUUCUUUUGGAGGUGGAGGUGGAGGUGGACGUGGUGGGAGAAAUUUUGAUAGCUCCAACAGAGUCUAUGUAGGAAACCUCUCAUGGGGUGUCGAUGACCUUUCUCUUAGAGAAUUGUUCAGUGAACAAGGCAAAGUUGUGGAUGCCAAAGUAGUCUAUGACAGAGAUAGUGGUAGAUCAAGGGGCUUUGGAUUUGUGACAUACAGUUCUGCUCAAGAGGUCAACAAAGCAAUUGAUAGCUUGAAUGGCAUUGACCUUGAUGGCAGGUCCAUUCGCGUAAGCGCUGCAGAAGAGCGCCCCCCCAGGCGUCAAUAUUGAAUGUGUUAAAGUACAUCUUUUUUAUUGGGAAAAACUUGAGGGUCUGGAAAUGGUGAAAAUUGCGGCAAAGCUGAUGAAUUGCUUGCACCUUGAACACCUGCUACUACUUUUACACCAAUUUUGGUACAAAAAUUCUGGUAUCUGCAUCUAGACUAAUGGGAGUACUCAGUGUAUUUUCUUUUACAGUGUAUGUUCUAAAAUUGCCUUGGGGAAAGAUUCUGACCUGUAAUAUUAUAUCCAUUAGUUGAUAAUGGACUAGAGAAUGACAUGUUAGAUCACUCUUUGGGAUGUAUCUUGGUGUGAAAUGAAUGUCGGAAUUGUUGCACAA